CGAUUAAAGUAAAGGGCGAAAGGAUUUGUCAUCGUCUUAGUAAAAUAAAAUAAAUAUGUUUUCUAUUUAUUCGCGUUAAAAUUAGUGCGUGUUCCACUCAAUUAUUACCUUUCUAAGCUUGCCUUACGUUUAAUCAUCACCGGAAUACGUUUACAAUGCAAGACACAAGACCUGAGUUAUACGAAGAAGUUAAGCUCUAUCGCAAUGCCAGAGAGCGUGAAAAGCAUGAUAACAUGGCAGAAUUGUAUGCUGUAGUUAGUACACUUCAGCAUCUCGAGAAAGCAUAUAUGAGGGACUUGGUGCUGGCUCCAGAAUAUACUGCGGCGUGUAGCCGCCUGCUUGUGCAAUACAAGGUCGCGUUCAAGCAAGUGCAAGGCACGGAGUUCCCUAAUAUUGAGGCCUUCAUUACUAAGUUCAGAUUAGACUGCCCGGCUGCGCUGGAGCGGAUAAGAGAGAACAAACCCAACCUGAUCAAGGAUGACAAGGGCAACACCAACAAAUACAUUGCUGAGAUUGUUUCACUAUUCAUCACCCUGAUGGACAAGCUCCGUCUGGAGUUCCGUGCCAUGGACAUGAUCCAGCCCGAGCUCCGGGACUUGCGGGACACCAUGGACCGUCUCAUGAUGCUGCCCGAGGACUUUGAAGGGAAAUUGAAGGUCGAAGAAUGGCUGGACAAGCUAUCAGAGAUGUCGGCCUCCGACGAGCUGUCCGAGGCCCAGGGGAGACAGCUCAUCUUCGACCUGGAGACCUCCUACCAGGCCUUCAACAAGUUCCUGCAUAAGGACUGAAACUACCAUGUAUCCCACGGAGCUCAAAAGUGUUGUGUAUCUCAUACCCAUGUAGCUUCACUGUAUCUAUUACUUAUAAUUAUUAUACAUAUACACUGUUAUUAGGCAACAAUCGUGCAAUCAAAAAAUCCUUAUUUUAAAUAAUAAGUUUUUAAAUUACACUACAUAAUAUAAUACUUGUUUGCUAAAAGCAUUAGAAAAAGGGUAAACAAUCUUGACGUGUCUUCUUGUUGAAAAAUAAUUCACAGCGAAUAUGUAACAAAUAUAUAGCAUAUAUAAUACUAGCGACCCGCCCCGGCUACGCACGGGUAGUUCAACUAAUUUACACAAAACCUUUACAAAUUAUACAAAUAAACCUUCCUCUUGAAUCACUCUAUCUAUUAAAAAAAAUCCGUUGCGUAGUUUUAAAGAUCUAAGCAUACAUAGGGACAGACAUACAGGUCAGCGGAAAGCGACUUUGUUUUAUACUUUUAGUGAUGAUCAUUUACAUUUAACAAUAAGAAUAAGAAAAAAAAUAUUGCCACACAAAAAAAAAGAGAGAUUACAGGAGUAUAUUUACAAAUAACAUUAACAAUUGGCAUGCGCGACAAAAGGAAAGGGCUCAGCAUAUGCUGCGCCAGCCAUUUCAUUAAGAAUUGACCGCACAGCGCUGAUUAGCUGAGCUUGAUUUAUUUGGUUUCAUAAGUAUUAGUUACUAUUUUUUAUAUGCAUUUUUCAAUAAAACUACACGUCAAGAUUGUUCACCCUUUUUCUUGUGCUAAAAAACGUUUUAGAAUGUUUGAAGAUUUAAAGUGAAGUGUAUUAACAAAAUUACUAGUGCAUUCUCUGCCAUUUAACCCUUUAAAUGAAGUGUUUUAAAAAUAGCAAAAUAAAGACUUGGCUUAAAGGACUCGCAUCCAGGCCAUAAAUGUAAAAAAAAAAAAAAGUAGCCCAUGUCACCCAAGGACAAAUCAAAUGACAUCUCAGUCAUUCAUCAAAAUCUACUCAGUAGAAAACGUUAUACAAAGACUGCAACUCUUUCUAUCGUGUUAAAAAAAAACAAUCAACAAGAAAAAUGCUUCAAGUCUAAAUGUAAUUUUUUGGCAUAUGCAAAAUUUUAAGGAGUGCUCCUGAAGUGCUGUGUUAGACCACAGAAUAAAUAAUAUUACUACCGUACAGAAAGUUUGACAGUGGUUCAGGGUCGAAUCAUGAUGUCCCUUUCUAAUGUAUGGCACUAUCCCUUUCGGCUAUUUAGGGUUGUCAAAAUUCAGGUCAUUAUCUUAUCUGUGGUCGUGCACGCAAAGGGACGUCAAGUUGUGUCAACCCUAAUAAUUGCUCGGAGCAAUGCUGAGCCGGGGACUUCCGGUUCGAGCGCCAUCUUGAUAGUUAGCAUCGUGAUUAAUUACUUUGUUUUUUGCUUAUUAAUAUUGUUUAAAGUGUAAUAUCGAUAGCUUAUUAUACAGUAAACUAAUGUGGUAGUGUGCAGUGAAUGGAGAAUUAAUUUUGAAGCGCGUUUAACCACCAUCUUGGAGUCAACGGCCGGUAGUCCACGUGCUUCUUGUAAAGUCUAGCUAUCGAUUUACAAGAGCUAACAAAUCACCGUACACUGUCUUGUACAACCGUACAAUUUUUGUCGUUUGUAAACCUCUCAAUACCUUGAUACUGGCGAAAUAGUCCCACUGGGCUGAAGCCAUAAUUUUAAAAGAAGAAGAAGAAGAAGAAUGCUGAGCCGAACGGAGCCGAGUUUGCCCGAAGCUAGGAGUUUCGCACCCCUGGUUGGACACAAAUUUACAUUGUUUUAUUUUUUAAUUUAAACGUAAUUUGCCCUAAGCUAAUUGUUAAGCAUUUUAUCAUAUCGAUUAGUGAUUUAUGAAUGUAUACAGAUAUUAAAUACUUCAGUUAUGUAUUCAAAUACCUUAUACUAUAUCGACAAUACCAUGUGUUUAUAAGAUACUUAAGUCAUUUUUAAUUAAAAUUUGUAAAACU